AUGGAAAGUGUUGGUGGGUCUGGAAGUCAACCUCCCUCUCAAAAUGUGGAACAUGAUAUGGGAGCUGAAGCUGUAGAGAAAGAUACAUCUCAGCAGCCUUUGCCUCCAUCUGUUCCUAAAAAAAGAAAAGAGGUUGAAACCAGAUCUCCUGUUUGGGAUCACUUUGAAAAAAUCAAGAACAAAGAUAACAUUGUUGUCUCAGCAGUGUGCAUAUACUGUAAAAAGUCUUACAAAUCUGAGUCCAAAAGACAUGGGACUUCUACUUUGAGAAAUCACAUUAUGACUUGCUUAAAAAAUCCUCACUCUAAGGAUACUAGGCAAUCUCUACUCACAUUCUCUCCUGCCCCUAGUUCUGGUUUAACUGAGUCUGAAGGUGCAGCAGGGGUUUUAGGAACCUGGGUUUUUGAUCAGGAGUUGAUUAGGAGAGCUCUUUGUGAAAUGAUUAUUGUUGAUGAGCUACCUUUUAGGUUUGUGGAGGGUCAAGGUUUUAGGAAAUUUAUUCUUGUUUGCUGUCCUAUGUUCAAAAUUCCUUCUAGAUGGACAGUAAGUAGGGAUAUUCUGAAAAUUUAUUCUGAUGAGAGGGUUAAUUUGAAGAAUUUCUUUAAGACUAGCUGCCAAAGGGUUAGUAUCACUACUGAUACUUGGACUUCUGUACAAAGAAUCAACUACAUGUGCAUUACUGCACAUUUCAUAGAUCAUGAGUGGAAGCUACAGAAAAAAAUCAUUUCCUUUGUCCCUAUUUCUUCACAUAAGGGGGAAUACAUAGCUAAGGCACUUGAAAGUUGCCUACUAGAGUGGGGGUUGAAGUCAAUUUUUUCUGUCACAGUUGAUAAUGCUUCUAGCAAUGAUACUGCCAUAGGGUUUUUAAAAAAGAAAAUGCUGUCUCGGGGUUCUACUGCAGUAAGGUGUAAGUAUUUGCAUAUGCGAUGCAUUGCUCACAUCCUUAAUCUGGUUGUGCAAGAUGGAUUAAAGGAAUCUGAUGAUUCUGUUAAGAAGGUAAGGGACUCUGUUAGGUAUAUGAGAAGCUCUCCUGCUAGGCUCCAAAAAUUUAGAGAGCUUGCUGACUUAAUUGGGGUGGAAGCCAAAAACUCUUUGGUUCUUGAUGUACCUACAAGGUGGAAUUCCACAUAUUUGAUGCUGCAUACUGCUUUGCUGUAUCAAAAGGUUUUUGAAGUGUAUGAAGAUUAUGACCCUUCCUUCAAAUCUGAUUUGGGUGGGAAUGUUCCUAAUUUCUUGGAUUGGGAGGUAGUAGAAGGGUUGGUGAAAUUUCUGAAAUCAUUUUAUGAAAUGACUGUUAGGAUAUCUGGUUCUCUGUAUGUAACUUCUAACACUUUCUUCUCUGAAGUGUCUGAUUUAUCUUGCAUACUUACUGGUCUAGUGGGAGCUGAAUCUGAUUCUGUUAAAGCAAUGGGGAUGAAUAUGAGGACCAAGUUUGAUAAAUACUGGGGUGAUCCAAACAAGAUGAAUUUUCUGAUUUUUUAUGGAAAUAUAAUGGAUCCUAGGGACAAAAUUGAAUACAUGCCAUAUCAGUUUAAUCAAUUAUAUGGUGAUGAAAAUGGCAAGUCCUUGUUUGAGAAGGUUAUGAAAGACUUGAAGGAGUUGUAUGUUGAUUAUGUGACAAGUUUCCCAGUCCAGUCUGAUCCUGUUCCUGUUGAACAGUCUGUUCCCCCUACUGUUUUGUCUGAUCCAGUUUCUGUUGGGAGACCCCAAUCUUUGUUAAAAUCUCAGUUAAAAAAACAAAGAUUGGAGAGUGGAGAAUUAGGCAGAAAGAAAACUGAGUUGGAAGUUUAUUUGAGUUAA